AUGCAAUUUCGGCUCUCUAGACUCUCGAUCUCUCUUUCUACCGCAGGAGAAAGAAAGAAAGAAGAAGAGCUGACGGUGCGGAAAGGGCAGGCACCUCGUACAGAAGAGGGUCGGAGGACCGCUCGAGUGACCCCCUCCCUACCUGCCUUUGAGGAGCUAACGAACCCCCCCCUUCCCCCUUCCCCAAAUACAGUUCCAGAACCAGCCGGCUGGCCCGCUCAACCAGGGGACUGGCACUGCGCCCUCACCGCGGACAGCCGCAAGCUCGAGCGCAUCGGCAAGGCAUGGAUCAAGUACACCUGGAUCCGCGAGAAGGACGACGAGAUCGAGCUGUUCAACCUGAUCGGCGACGAGGAGCGCAUCGUGGAGUACCUGGGGACCUUGGUGGCCGAGCCGGAGAGGGCGCUGCGCUUCUCCGACGUCGGCGCCCGGGAGGAGCUGCAGAUGCUGAUCCCGACGGCGGUGGUCAACGGCGGCGAUCUGGACCUGUGGGCUGUCUGCUUCGAGACGGAGGCGGAGCUGAGGGCCUUCUCGGACGAGGUCGUGGAUUGGGAGGCUUGGGGUGAUAUUCAAGGGGAGCCUCAGCACGGUUAUUCUUAG